ACUGACUGUUCCAUCAUAAAUAUGAUUUGCAAUGAUUAUUAUACAUAAAGGCCUUAAAGGCUGAAACGCAAGGACAUUUCUUGUAGAUGAUUGCAUUUGUUGUUUCAGUUAUGUUUUGUAUUUCUGUGUGUAAGCUUUUAUUUAGGGCGACAUCUUAUGCUGCGAAUAUACGUUUUAAUUGGACAUCUUCAGGAAAAAAUGAACAAGGUUGGAAAUGGUCGAGCCAAAUACUGUAUUCAGUCUGAACAACAUCCUCAACAGACUACUUGGGCACUCUGCUCAUUUAUGGAGCGUCAGAACUUCGUGGAUGUAGCCAUUUGCUGCGGAAAUAACGUUUUACGCGCUCAUAAAGUGGUUCUCGCUGCCCACAGUCCCUUGUUUAAGGAAGAACUGGAGAAAAAUUCAUCUGUCGAGCAAGUGGUGAUCACAGGAUGUGAUUCUUCUGUGGUGAGAUCCUUAGUGGAGUUCAUGUACUGUGGGCAAACUAUUAUAUCAGAAGAACAUGUCAAAUAUUUAGUUGCAGCAGCCAGGACAUUACGAAUGAAAACGUUAGAAAAUCUGACAUUUGACUGCCCCUUACCUGGAGGCCGCAACGAAUUCGAAUACAUUAGAAGGAGCCAAGCCUAUAUGUUUACGCCAAAAUUAGACGACAUGAUAGUGAUUCCCAAGCCCCAGUUUCUCUCUAAAAAGCUCAAAUACCCUACUCACCCGUUCAACCCAGCGCCAGUCUCGCCCAGCAAUCUGCACAAACCCAAGAAAGCCAAGAGACAGUUCCGUAUAGAAGCUGAACACCAGGCAUGUAUUAAGGAAGCCCAGGCUAGUAGAUUGGCUAUUGCUAACUUGAAAAAAGAGAUCGCAUCUGCUCCACAGGCUAAUACUUUCAUCAUUGAAGAAACUUGCACGGAGACCACAGUUGAGAAUUUUAUCCCGCAUUCUACAGUAGGAUUUGGUGCUGGUCAAGUGUUUUUGCCCACUGACCCAAAAGUGACAGACAAUGUCAUUCAGUUGUCCAUACCCAAUAGCUCCGAAGAACUUACUGCUGAUAAGAUAAAGGAUCUAUUGGGAAACGAAGCCAACUCUAAUGUGGAGAUAAUGUUCAAGACCAGUGAUGGAAACUUCGUCACUGUUACUGACGAAGUGCUCCAGAACCUUCAGAAGGAUGGUCUGCAAUAUCAAGUGAUAGAUGAAGAAGGAAAAUUAGGCGAGGUUCAGGAAUUGCACCUUACUAAGGAUAAGAUCAAUACGGCGGAAGAAAAUACACCGCUUAUUCCGGAAACGUUUGAUCUAUUCGGCAAUGCUGAAACAGACUCGGCAGAUUUCACCAUUGAACCAUGUAAACUAGUGGAUAACGCUGGUGCUUUGAUCGAUCCAAAAAACGUAGGGAUACUUUCACUGGAAUCUAAAGAGUUGAAAAGUCCUUUCAAAAUUUCAUCCAUAGUAAAUGAGAGCGAUUCAAUCGAAAACUUGCCUUUGAAUGCUUACGCUGAGAAGGAGCCAGAUGAUUGCAAGGUUGAAAUCCAGAUGAUGCAUGAUAAAGGAAACAUUCCUUCUACCGCGAGUACCGAUCAGAAAGAAGAUAGCAGUUUGAAGUUUUCUCCUGAUAUUUUCUUUGCUGAUGUGGUGGGAGAGUGAGAAGAUACUGGUAACAAGAGGAUUUGUUUGUUAGAGGAUACCUCGAAGCAGUGACAUAUUGUUUGGUUUUUAGUUUUUCACAGAGAUUCAUUGUAUUCAGAAUAUUCAUUUCAAUAAAACAAUUUCAUAAUUA